GAACAAAGUAUCAAUAUAUGUUUAUCGAAUUUGAAAGUACCACGUUGACAACAGUAUACAACGCAGACAUCUAAAUAUACGCAUGUGCACGUCCACACGACGCAAGAGCGCAAGUGCAUUGUUGAAGUAAUCUAUUUCGUGUCGACUGCACUGACUGAUAGGUAUAGAUAUAUACAUAUAUCUCCUCGAUGCAUACAUGUUAGACGAAGUAAAUGGCAAGGUGCACGUAGAACGAGUAUGUCUCUGUCUUCAUGUGUGUAUGUAUGUACAUAUUUUGUAUACACGAUUUUGUAAAAGGCAGCGCUCGUCGAUGUUUGUAAAUUCAUUGUUGUUCAUCGAUGUUCCGUGUUGAACGCGCACCGAAACAAGCAAUGGUGAAGAAGAACGCGAACCUCGCUGAUUCGCUCGAGACUCAUCGAUUCGUAACAUCACGGAAUUCCGAAUCCUGUCGUUCUCGUCUUGCUUCAUUCUCGCCUGUCGCUCCUGUUUGUCAGUGAAAACUGAAAACGAUCGAAACACUGGAAACACGCGACGCACCUCCAAGCAAAAACGAAACAUGUUUACGAACAAAACGAUAUAAGACAAUUCAAAAGUCGUUCGUCGAUUAUCUACGUGUAACACGUUUUGGGAAUGUCAGAAUGUUCGACUCGGCUUCUAUUUGUCGAUAAAGAGUGUACCGCGUACCGUACGAAUUCAAAGAUCUCCGAUAGGAAAUGUCUUACAGCGAUGGCGGGCGUCCAAUACGAAAGUACGGCACCAAGUCGCCGAAAAAGCUUUGCGUGACGAAGAAUGAGAAUAGCGAUAAAACGAUAACCACCAUCAACUGCAGUAAUCAUCAUCACAAUCAUUACCAUCAUAGCCACCGCUUUCUCGACGCCCCUCAGCCGUCGGUACACAAACGUAAUCUCUAUAUUGUUUCAUACCCUUUGAUAGUGCUUUUCAAUGUUCUGAGAACGCUUCUCUAUCAGUUGUACGUGGUGUUUAAGUAUUUGUACACAUCCACGUCUCAGCUGAUCCAGCGGAGACAAGCUUACAAGCAGACCUGCCAGCUGGAGGUCGUAGUUGGCCAGAAGUCGGGCGACAGUUUGACGAAUAACAAUUUAACUGCGACCGGGCAGACAGAGAACGACGGGAUGUCGCAAGUACCUAGAAGAUCCAUCGGCCCUGGCCCAGGAGAUCCUUUACUUGCUAAACAGAAGCAUCAUCAUCGUAGAGCGUUCGAAUUCAUCAGUAAGGCACUGAAGAUUGACGAGGACAAUGAAGGUCAGAAGGAAAUGGCAAUUGAACUUUACAAGAAGGGAAUCGGCGAGUUGGAAAAAGGGAUCGCCAUCGAAUGCAACGGUGGCCGUGGGGAAGUAUGGGAACAUGCACAAAGACUUCACGAUAAAAUGCGCACGAAUUUGGCUAUGGCAAAGGACAGGCUCGACUUCCUUGUGAGUGUGUGUGAGCUGAAAAAACUGGAUAUCUCCGAUGAAUAUCGUACAUCUGGAAGUAAAAUGGACAACGAACAUCCGGGCAAGAAUCUGAGGGCCCGACGUAACAUGCACACGUUACAAACGACUCGGUCUCCUUUGAAUACAAAUCACAACACUAAAAACACAAACAGUACACAAACAGUGAACGUAGGGCAGAAUACAUGCACCCAAAUUCCCAAGUUAAGGCCACGCUCUCCAAAAAAUUAUUCUGCCCAUUCCGAAGCAUCGGGGAGAAAAUUAUCCGUUCCUGGAAAACGAAUGGGUACAGCGAUCAGCAAGAGUCAAACGUUACCGCGUAGCAUGGGUCGUUCGACGUCGGUUCAACCUUGCCACCGAGUCACCCCCAUAAAACCAUCGUCCACACCACCGUCGGUGAAGAGACAAUUGUCCGUACCUGGAAAUGGUUCGCCUAUCAGAAGACCAGGAACCCCUACCGCGUCGAACAGUAACAGAGGAACGCCAACGCGGAAAGCACCGAUCCUAAAGGGUAUAGAUCCGAAGCUCGCGCAAGUUAUCUUGGACGAAAUUUUAGAAGGAGGAACAGCCGUGCACUGGGAGGAUAUCGCUGGGCAAGACACCGCGAAACAGGCACUGCAGGAAAUGGUCAUUUUGCCAUCGUUAAGACCAGAAUUGUUCACUGGCUUAAGGACGCCUGCGAGAGGGUUACUACUGUUCGGUCCGCCGGGGAACGGGAAGACAUUACUCGCUCGCGCCGUGGCUACUCAGUGCAAUGCCACGUUCUUCUCGAUAUCCGCUGCUAGUCUCACGUCGAAGUACGUGGGGGAAGGAGAGAAACUGGUACGAGCUCUUUUCGGCAUAGCGCGGGAACUACAGCCGUCUGUGAUCUUUAUCGACGAAGUAGAUUCACUGUUGAGCGAACGUAGAGAUAACGAACACGAAGCCUCGAGGCGAUUGAAAACAGAAUUCUUGGUCGAAUUCGAUGGUUUGCCGUGCAAUCCAGAGGAGAGGGUGCUAGUCAUGGCUGCUACUAACAGGCCUCAAGAAUUGGACGAAGCCGCUUUGAGGAGAUUCACGAAACGAGUAUACGUUACGUUGCCAGAUUUGCGAACAAGGAUCACGUUACUCAAACGGCUUCUAGCUAAACACAAUGACCCGUUGACAACGAUCGAACUGAACGAAAUGGCAGUUCUGACCGAGGGAUAUUCGGGAAGCGAUUUGACGGGUCUAGCGAAAGACGCGGCUCUCGGUCCUAUCAGAGAACUGAAUCUAGAUCAAGUGAAGGAACUGGAUCUUAAUUCUGUGCGCAACAUAACGAUGCAAGACUUUCGUGAUUCGCUUAAAAGAAUACGCAGAUCGGUAUCGCCCGCGAGUCUAGCCGCUUACGAGAAGUGGAGCUUCGAAUACGGCGACGUAAGUCUAUGAUCAUUAAGUCGAUCGAAGUACGAGCCUCGAGGUAUGCGAUCUACGCUAACAAAGAUAUUUGAUGCGAUCAGUGAACGAAGACGUAACGAUGGAACACGCUACAAGAACGAUCUUCUGCGAUAUUAAUUAUUAAAGAGUGUACAUAUUUAGCAGCUUUUACAUUUUCUAAUCCACUUUACAAACGACAACAUCUAUACACGAAAAAGAAAAAGAGAAAAUGUUAUGACAUUGCAAAAGGCACUCUCGCUAAAUAAUGUUUUUUAAAAUCGUCUUACAGCAUUGAAACGCUGUGACAUUAAUAGCUUUAUACUAAAGAAUGAUAUAUAUAUAACACAUUCCAUACUCCAUCCAGUAAUCAGGUAUCAUAGAUUUACGUAAGUUCUAAUUUAACGAUGUUGAUAGUUAGAAUUCUGGUGUUCGUAGUUGCACGGUCCAUGUAGUUUUCUAUUUAUUCGUUUCGUACAUAGGAGUAACUGUCAAUUUUAAUUUGAUUAAGUCGUUAAUUUAUUUUGUACUGUUGUCUAAACGUGUCAUCACAGUUGAAACUAGUCUAAGCUGCAACAAGAAGGAACACGCGCGUAGUUAACAAUUGUAACGUACACUGUACGUCGAAGGGAAUAACGUAUAUGUUUAAUCAUUGCUCGAGCACAAUUAAAUCGAACGAUUUUAGUUAGGGAAGACUGCAUUUGCACACGAAACAGCACACGUCCAGUCAGAUAAUAAAAUAAUUAACGUAAUCGGGUAUGAACAAAUUAACUAUUGCUGUAGUCGCGUUCAGCGAAACUGAGCAUAAAAAGAAGGGACAAGAAUCUGUAGAUCUUGUACGAGCACGUGCUAAAAGUCGGAGGGACGCGAAUUCUUUAAAUAGACGUACUGCGUGGAAUGCGUCAACGUACUUGGAAAAAGCAUUGCAAUCAUCAUCCUUGUUGCGUUUAGUGAUAUUCGGUUAAUUAUCGUUGAAACAAAGCGAUGCGAUUAAACUGUAGUUAACGACGGAGGUGGGCAUGUAAUGAAUCGAUUCCUUGAUUUUAUGAGAUUUCUAUGAGACAACGAAUUGCGAGUACAUUCGAACUCCGCGAAAUGAAAAAUGUCCGUUAUAGUUAUAGAUAAAGAAGAAGAGAGAAUAACGUUACGAUAAAAGUAUAUUGCAAAUAUCGUGUUGCGUACAAUGAAACCUUUUGAUAUUUAUCUAUCGCUUAAAAUGCUCAAAUAAAAUGUGAUUGUGCUUAUACGAUAUAAUCGCUGAUUAAACGUAAAAAAGAAACGCGUUCGUUGCAAGGGUAUAACGAUAAGAGCGUCGAUGUUAGUCAAUAUUGUUUUAUGUUAGAAUUACAAAUCCCCCGAGUUCGUUCGUCGACGCGAAAGAGAACCGGGGAAAUAUAAUUAAUUGCUGCACGUUGUAACGCGUUAAAAAUUUAUUUUCAAUGACGACAAUGCAACGAGUUCAAAGCUUGUCCGAUGUGACCGACGGUUCAUAGCGGUCGAAGGUGAUAGUAAUUGCACCUAUGUACGCAGCAUCUAUGUGAGGUAUACGUCUCACUUUCAACACGCGAUUCGAUGAGAGGAACGUUGCUCGUUCCACUUGUUAGAAUCUCUAACAUCGGUUACAAUUAUUAAUAUAACAUAAUGGUAGUAGUAAAGAGUAAUAGCGUUCCCAAACGCGCAAUGUCACGCGCUUCUUUCUGUCGAGCUACAAACAAUGAUGCCAAAUAAGUUCUCAGUUCUAGACUUUGCAUCAUUACAAUGUAAACGAUCGUAUUAAGUUUAGCCGAUUGAUUUGAUAGAACUAGAUGAAUUAUCGACCGGCGUUUAGGUGAAUAUCGUUUACGUUGCAAGAAUUUAGUGCCAACCAUAAUUAAGUUUUACUCAUUGCUGUUCUCCACGAAUCUUUAUGCUCUCGCCUCACGCGAAAUUCGUUUGCGUCAAAUGAUCUCUUGCACGCUUCAGGAGAAACUACUCGUUAACUGAAUUUUUUUCGACGAUCUUGCACGACACAGACUGUUAUCAACGUAUGGGUAUACACAUGUUUAAAACCCUGGCCUUCCAUAUUGAAAAACACGCUCAGCCUCGAUUAAGUUAUUUUGCUACUUUUAUAAUGACUUGUAACAGAGACUCUCUGAGAAUAUUAUAAGCGAAAUAAUAACGCUAAUGUUAAUUGUUGCUACUCAAUGGUAAUGAGACGUGGAUGGGUCGUUAAUGAAACGUCUGCAUAAGUUAAGUUCUCUCGACGUAAUUACUCUGUAAUUGUAAUGAACCUCCAACGAUCUUCCUUCUCUGGACGUUGCAAAUGUUCGAGCGUCGAUCUCGCGUAACGUUAACUUUAAAAGAGAUUCAUAUCACUCACGAUAUAUGCUCUUUUUAUAUGCACGUUUUCUAAAAUGAUAACGACCGCUAGUAGAAUAAGUCGUGAUUUAUUUAAUAAAUCGUAACAGAUUUGUAAAACUCAGUUUCAUUUCGAUGAACUACGUUCAUCUUCGUAGCAGUGGACGUUUUCACCUACUACUUAUAAUAAUUUCCAACAGUAUUAUAAAUCGUCUAAGGGAAAGUACGUUCGACAAAUUUAGACGACGAUUGUAGAUCGCAAACUGAAGAUUUUCGUUGAACAGUUGCCUUUUUAAUAACAUUAUAUCGUAGCGUUCUCUCCGCUGACAGAAAAUAACAGAUACACACGUUUAAUUAACGUUGAUCUUACUCGGUGACGUCGUACAAUUAAAUCGUAUCUUUCAAAUGUGGAACUGAAUAGUUAUACAUAUGUAGUCACCUGUGUUGUACAGAGUACAGAGAUACGAGACGAUCUCUGUUCACGUAUCUUGCUGGUGUGUGUGAUUGCUUGAGAAAGAAAACUGAGGAACGCAUGUAAUCGUUUGUAACAAUGAUUUGUACAGUACAAACUAUUCUAGCGCAUUUCGUGUAACGAGAAAGGAAUGCUACGAACCUUCCACGUAAUAAACCGACUCUGUUGUCGUUCACUAAUU